CAUCGCGUCGUCGUCCUCCUCUCGCCUCCUCCCCCCUUUUGACCCAACCCCACCGACCCACCACGCCCCGGGCGCGAGCGAGCGUGCGGAGCCUUGCCGCUUCGGCAACCUCCACCGCGGGAUCCCAUCCGCCCCAACCCCGGCCAAACCCUAGCUCGCGCGCGCGCGCGGAGGGGGGUGACGAUGCGGAGGUGGCUGGCGGAGGGCGUCAUGGAGCUGGCGGUGGAGGCGCCGGAGGCCAACGCCUCCUCGCAGUCGGGGCCGAUGUGGUGGGUGACCGGGUGCCACGGGGCGCUGUACAGCCUGGCGGUGAUGCUCCCGUCGCUGGCGUUCGUCGGGUUCCUGGCGUGGCAGGCGCGCCGCAGCUUCCGCCGGCUCAGCUACGGCCGCUCCCACGUCGUCGUCGUCGCCUACUACGCGCUCCUCUGGGCCGUCGCCAUCCUGAACCUCCUCUGGUGCUUCCUGCAGGCUUGGCAAUGCAUGCCUGAAAGGGCAUUCUCAUGGAAUGUGCUGUCUCUGUUUACCAAAUCAGGGAUGUUAUUCUUGGAAGUUAGCCUCAUAGCAUUUCUACUUCAAGGAAAUGAAACCAGUGGUUUUGAAUCUUUGGCACGUACAUUUGUUAUCUCUGGAGCUGUAGUUGCUGCUGAUGUAUUGUUGAAGACUAUAUAUGUGUUUGGCUUUGGUGUUUCUUUGUUCAUUGAUGUUGAUCAAGGAACUGGUGGGAAGUGGGGCCUAUGGAUUCUACACAAAUUGGUUCUUACUAGUGUCUAUGGCUUGAUUGUGUUCAUGUAUCACUCAAGGUGGAGAGACAGGCUACCUGCAAAACCAGCAUAUUAUAACUAUGUCUGUGCGAUGUUACUACUGAAUGGCAUAUCACUGUUUGGAUGUUUCCUUGUUGCAACUGGAGCUGGAUUUGGUUUAUGGUUGUACAAUCUCACCAGCGUCUGUUAUCAUUCUCUCUACCUUCCGCUUCUCUAUGUGACUUUCCUAGCAGACUUUUUCCAGGAGGAAGAUAUGCUCCUAGAGAACGUGUACUACUCUGAGAUGAAAGACGCUGGGUUCUUUGAUGCUGACUGGGAUUAAUCUGCGGAUACCACGCCGUAUGACCACUUUUCAUGUGAAUUUGCAGUUGUAGCUUUCAUUUCUGGAACUGAAUGUUAGAUGAGGAAUUGUAUGUAAGCAACCAUUAUAAAUGAAAUAUGUAAAUUGAUCUC